AAAUGGUGGACCCUAGUAGAUCAGGAUGGGACAGAGGAACGGACCUAGACCAAUCCCAUCAUUGCUAGAAUACAAGACCAUUCGCCUUCAAGACCGUUACUCAGCCCUGGGUAGUGAUCAGCUGGAGAGGCGCAAACCCAUCCUGGAACAGGGACAGAAAGGGGUCCUGGACUCAAAUGGGAAACCAUCCUCUGCCUCCUCACCACAACUCCCGCCAUCGCUAGCCUCCUACGGUGGAAUGCACUCCUUCAGUCAAAUGGCACAAUUCCUGCCAUCCAUUGGUAGCCAGAAUGUCAAGCGACGUCCAUCCACCCUGCUACCCCUGACCUUCCCUGGCCAUGCUGGCCUGGCCACUGGGCAGGCAUCGGAAGGAACCGAGUCCACAAUAAAGCCAUUCUACAGAAGUUCUAUGCCAGAGGCAUUCUUGUCUGCAAGUUCCAAUAUAAUCAAUUCUUCCUCAGCAGUGCCUUUCACAGACAUGGGAAAUACCAUGGGCAAUCAAUAUGCCAUGAAAUCCACACUAGGACUUGAGUGCAUUGGAAAGUCAGGUCUAGAACUCCCGAAACCCUCUUCGAAGUCUGAGCCUCUGUGCACGUUGAAAGGCGAGAGACUGCCUCCCAUUGAGCGGUCACACUGCACUGUGCAUUCUACCAACUGCUCUUGCAUCCAUAAGAACCGUUCUCCAGACAAAAAGCAGGUCAAGAAGGAUGUUAAGAGAGAGGAGAACCCGGUGGCUAGUAGAAGGAGAGGGAAAGGAGGGGAGUUGAGCGGGAGCCAAUCAAAAGGAAGCAAGUCUUUUAGGAAACCAGAUAAGAAAGACUGUCCAAAAGCGAAGCAGAGACAGAAACGUGAGACAAGGGAUGAGGCCAAGAAAUCCAACAGUUCUGAUCAAACUGAACAGCAUCCUUCUGGCAACUUAAGAGAAAACAAAUACCUGUAUGAUGACGAAGAAGAGGGUAUUACAUCCUAUGUGCGCAGGAACUGGAACAGUUCUACAGGAGGCAGCACUACAUUCAAGGACGAACACCACAAUGUGAAUCUGAAUGAAGAGGAGGAUGAGAUCAAUUACUUUCACCACAACCUCUCCAUACUGCACCCGCCUCCGAGCUCACUCCCACCAAUUGCAAGCAACAAAGGAAAUAACCGCGGUGGCAGUUUGUUCGAAGAUCUCGGGAAACGUACUGAUGGUCAGGACAACAUGGGAUGGGCCAUAGAUGGCUUUCUAGAAGACAGCACCCUCAGACGAGCCAUAUCACUCCGCAACAAGAUGCUUCUGUACAACAACAGUUCAAACAAUACAGCCUCGGAAACGUCCGAUGGCAUGACUCCAGAAUGUGAGACCUUUCCCUGCAAAAAUAAUGAGCAGGAAGUCAAGGAUUUUGUCGCAGAAGAGGUUGGAGAAACAACGGAUACCUUGGAAGAUGCUGAUGAAUCAGUUGAAGUGCAAGUUAGAAAUAACCACAAUUGCAAAGACACCAAGAAAAAGCUUGGAUUGCCACAGCGGAUACAAUCUGUAACAUGGCAGGAAGUUUCGCCACACCUUGGAGCAAAAAGGACAAAGAUAUCGCAAAAAGAGACAAACGUGACUCCAAAGAAUGUAUCACUGAAUCCCAUCACAGAACAAAAGAGCCAGUCAAGUAUCGCAGCAGAAGCUCUGAGGUGUCUGCAGAAGAAUAGGAAGCAGAAGACUCGGAACCAUACACACUGCAUCUCUACAGUCCCUGAAAUGCUUCCGGAGGACCUGUCAACUGCCAAGAUCUACAUCAAGAACCUACCACCCAUAGAGCCGAAAAAACUAGCCAUAUGUACCAUACCAGGGCAGGAAGCUAGGAUAGGUCCAAAGCUUCUGUCCGAUGCUGCUACGCUGAUGACAUCCAAUUACCCGAAGUUCGUCAAGAUGUUUUCGUUGCCGACUUCCAGGACACGGGUUCCAUCCGUUGACCAAACUGGAAAGGAAGAAAGGUUUCAGGGCCAGAUCGAUGGAAAGAAGGUUCAACGAAGAGGCCAUUUAGAGACGGGCUCAAAUUAUGACGUUCAGCAAGAACAGUCAGAGAAACCUCUGAAUAAGCCCAAAUAAAAAUGACAGAUUGCCCACCAUAGCAGCAGCUGAUAUUCGCAGGUAAGGCUAAAGGUAUCCAACCUUCAAGCUGGAUUAGGCUCCUAAGAAAAAUGGGUUACCCAUUGAGUCUAUCCAUUACGUGACUAUGCACGUUGGUAUUCACUUGGUCUUAAAGCAAUUGGUCUACUUCUCAGAUAGUUCAAAGGGGCUAUAAAGCCCAUUUGGUCUACUAUCUGUUCAGUCUAAUUGCCACUUGGUCUACACUACACUUGGUCAAAUGUCCACAAAGUCAUGAAAUGUAAUUUAAUAUACUGCUCAUAUGGUCUAAUGUGCCUGAACACUAUGGUCUAAAUCAGCGCUUCUCAAACCGAGGGCCACGAAGCUCUCUCAGGUGGGCCAGGAGAAGCUCCAGAGGGAGAAAAAAAUAAGAUGAACACUAUAUUAUAAUUCAGAUACCUGUCCAAACAUAUUUCCGAUUGUUCUAUGUGGGUCAAACAAAACUAAAGCAUGCUUUAUAUCAUGCAUGUUGCAAAGCAUGCACAUGCACACUAUGAUGGUUUCAAUCUAACUUUAAUGUGAACCUCAUGUGCAUGCAUAUUGUGUAUGUAGUAAAUUGUCGCCCACUUACCAGACAUUUGCGAAUGCAGAUUAGAUCUCAAACUGUUUGUUUCGAUUGUGCUUCAGAGCUUUGUGCUCAAAUUUCACGAAACAUUUUUUCAUCAAAAUUGAUGUUUUUUUUUCUAAUUUUGGUAGGUGGGCCUUGGAAAAAUUCUGAGAGUCAAAGUGGUCCUUGAGUAAAAAAAAGUUGAGAAGCGCUCAUCUAAUAUCCACUUUGUCUUCUUGAUAUUUUGCAUUUUAAUGAAAAUUUGAUUCAUAAACAGUUUCUUUUUAAUAUAGACUACAAAUGGUAUUAGACCAAGUGGAUAUUACAUGAAAUAAAUAAAGGCUAAUUGGAUAUUGGACCAAAGGAUGAAAGGGCUUAAUGGUAAUUAGAUGUACUGAUUGCACACAAACUCAGGAUAGAUAGACCUUGUGGGAUGAGACCAAAUGGAAAGUAGACUAACCGGGCGUAGACCAUUUUUAGCAAUUUACCUUCACUUUUUGCCUAUGAGUAGUAGACAGUGUGAAACUGAAUUAGGCAACAUUUUGAAUACUAUAUGUUCUCCAAAGUUAUAAAGAUUAAAUAAUUUGCAUUAAAUGGAGUAUAUCCCAAUAUUCC